AUGGGAAAAUGGCACGAAGGGUGGCUGAAAAAUAUCCUUUUUUUAAAAUGCAGGAACUGGGGAGAAGGUUGGGGUUUUGUGCCUUCUAACAGAGCCCUUGUGUUUGUGGACAACCAUGACAAUCAGCGAGGACAUGGUGCUGGAGGAGCAUCCAUACUGACUUUCUGGGAUGCUAGAAUGUAUAAAAUGGCAGUUGGAUUUAUGUUGGCUCAUCCUUAUGGCUUCACAAGAGUAAUGUCAAGUUAUCGUUGGUCAAGAAAUUUCCAGAAUGGAAAAGAUGUGAAUGACUGGAUGGGACCACCUAAUAACAAUGGAGCAACGAAGGAAGUGACCAUUAAUCCAGACACCACUUGUGGCAAUGGCUGGGUCUGUGAACAUAGAUGGCGUCAAAUAAGGUGGGAACGUCCCCUUCAGUCCUUAUGUAAUAAGGAAGUUCUCAAUGGUCAGCCUUUUUCAAACUGGUGGGAUAAUGGCAACCAAGUGGCUUUUUGGCAGAGGAAAACAGAGGAUUCAUUGUUUAACAAUGAUGACUGGACCACCUCAUUGCUGAUACAGGGACCUCAAGCAGCAAAGGCGCUCACUUUAUAUAUGCAACAGGCUGUGGUCGUGCUACUUGUCCUUCAGGGAUUGGCGGAGCACGAACCACCCUAUACUACUUGUCCUCCAGGGAUUGGUGGAGCAAGAAUCACCCCACUAGCAUGGUACCGCCCUGGCCAGAUUGAAGCCAGGGGCAAACCCGUGCAUGCGCAGUACUGUUGUUAA